ACACCAUCUGCUCCCAUCAACACUAUCACUAGUGCACCACCCUCAUCCAUCGUUGUUAGUAGCUCCGUAACGAGCCAGGCUUGUUCGGUAUUGACAGCGUCUGCUGCACAAUCAUCGGUGCCGGCAUCGGCGUCGAUCUUAACUAACAACAGCAGCAACAACAACAACAACAACAGUAGUGCUAUCUCUAGUGGUUGUAGCAGCGCUGGCAUGGCGACCCUAGCGACAGCCGGAACAGUGGCGACGACGAUGCCGACAACGAUGGUACCCAAUGCGGUAUCGCAAGUAUCGCCUCCAGCAACGGCCGCCACCACCGGUACGAACCCCGUCGCGGCAGCCGCCCAGCCACCACAGAAGGAUCAACACGCGGAGGACGCGCUGAACCGACCGAACAGUCUUGGCGGUCGACAACGGACUCUUGGUGGCAAAGGCAAGCAUUUAACCCGAAGUCACGCCAUGCGUGAGUCAACAUCUCCUCCCCGAACGCCUACACCGCGGUCGCCAUCUGAUCAGCAGCAUAGCAACAAUGGUGGCAGCAAUGGUUCGCCAAUUCAGCCGAAUACGUUGUCCAUCGGGGCAAUGUGCGAACCGCAGUCUAACAAUAGUAACUCACACUCACCGGUAUCGGAAUCCCGACUAUUCAAUAAUAACAACAAUGACUACAGCAGCAAACAGGCAGGCAAGCAUUCGCCGAACAUAAUCGUCUACGGAGGCGAAGAGAGAGGAGGGAAAAGUCAGCUGGAUUUGGAUUUUCCCAAACUUACUCCUCCGAAGUCGUCGUUCAAUCCUAACAACGGCACCAGUAACAGCAAUAGUAACAACAACAAGAAUAGCAAUGGUAGAACCAACAACAAUGGAAAUGCCGCUGGAUUCGCUAAAAACGAUCUGGACAAAAUGGAUCAUCAUCCAUGCGGUAAGAUUGGUAAAAACAACGAUUCAACCGGCGGAGGAAUCAAUCAGGAACUAAAAGAUCUGAAACCGGUCGGAACCAUGCUGGAGCGCUCAGACCAGCAGCACAAGUCCGGUCAGAUUGCAUCCGUCGUUGGCACAACACCAACUGCCAACGCCAUCAACAUCAGUCAGUCAUCAUCGUCGCCAGUAUCAUCUAAUAAUAACUAUUGUGAUAACGAAAGUCGUAAUCUACGUGAGGUUAAUUUUAGUGCUAAUAAUAAUGAUUCUAACAAUCAGUUAAACAUACAAUUUUCACACGAGGAAAAUCGAUAUAUACAAUGUGAAAGUCCUACUGAUAGCCUUAUAAGAAAUAACAGUAGCUCUAAUAGUAAUCUAACAAGUAGUGCUCAUAGCAACAAAAAACACCGUGCUGGCGGCGGCGGAGGCAAUGGAAUAAUAGCUGGCAGUGGCGGUGGAGGUGGUGGAGGAGGAGGCGGUGGUACUCUUGGAGGUAAUGCAACGGGUAAAGGGAACAAACCUCGGCUCAAAAAUAUGAGCGGCGGUUCCUCAUCCAGUGCCGACGGUGGAUCCAUCGGCGGCGGCGGUGGUGGUGGUGGUGGAGGCGGUGGUUCAUCGUCCGGAUUCCUAUCGCGAGACAAUUCCUGCGAACAGUUUACCGACCAAUCUGGCGUCAAUCUGAUCCAGUUCUUCAAGGAGACGCUCAACAAAAACUUCAAAGAUCGCAACAUGUUGAUAAAGAUCGAGAAGGAAUUGCAGGCUCUGGCGAUGGAUCGCAGCCGGUCGCAGAUUAAAUUUCCGCCCAUGUCUUCCUACAAUCGGAUGCUGAUUCACCGUGUGGCGGCCUACUUCGGCAUGGAGCACAACGUGGAUGCCACCCAGCAGAGUGUGAUCGCGGAGGUUACGCCCGCUACGCGAAUACCGGAGAUUCGCUUCAAGACGCUCAUCAACGAGAGCUUCUCGGAGGAACCGCGCAAGUCGAUUUUGAAGCGCGAUACCCACAGUUUCGACGAGUACCGGUACGGGAUGUUGCACUGUCCCGAUCGAGGCGUGCUCGAUCGGAAGGCGAAAAGUUUCGAGGAACGCGAGGAAGAGUACGAAAAGGUUAAGCGGCGAAUAUUCAAACAUCGGGAGGACGGUGGUUCCGAGGAACAGUGGCAGUGGCUGUCAGCCGAAAAUGCCGACGUAAUCAAUGGUCGCCCGAAACUUCAAAACAAUCGUCUUUUAAAAGUACAAUCGGUGUCGAUCGACGGCCGACCAGAUGAAAGGCCUUGCGUAUCAAAGUCGCACAGUUUCGGCGGCUACGGAGGCUCGUCGCAAAAUGCUCCACUUCUGCGCGGAGAUUCGAUAACAUCCACUAAGAGCGCCGGAGCACGGCUUUUCUCGAAGCAAGACUCGAACGCUAGUACAAACACACCGUGGCGAUUGUCUCCGUCGAGCAGUGGCUACAAAACACAAUCGAUUCGGUCGGACUCGGUAACGCCGUCGCCUACCGGAUACGGUAGCGGUGACCAUACGCCGGAACCGUGCGUUCAGUCCCCUUCGGCAACGUGUGGAGUCGUCUGGGCCGUAACCGAUAUGGCAAGCGUGCCGAAGGGCAGUGUUUUGAUUGAUCCACAAACACUUCAGCCGAUCGUCAAUCAAGAUGGAUCAAUUUACCAUUUCGAUCCGUCUAACCUACCGGCAACAGCAAAUCUGCCCGGUAGUAUGCCAAGGGUGCAGAAGAAAAAAUUUGAGAAGCAAAAAUCUUUCAGUAAUCGAAACAGCGCUCUCAACAGUAGUAGCUCUCUAGAAAGUUCAAUCGAUUUGCCACUUAGCAAAAAUGACUGCGGCCAGCAAACCACUACUACUACAACCAUUGCCGAGGAAGUCGGCAACGAGCUCAGUUACGAUACUACGAGCACAGUUAAAAUAUGUUCCAAAGAUAAUCAUGAUAUUGAUGUGGAAAACUCUAGUCUCUGUGAAGAAAUCUCGCAAACAACCAAUGAACUUAGCACACUAAAGCUUCAAAAGCACCAAGCAACUAGUCCUAUGCUGCAGGCCAGCGAAUUACAACCAUUAGAGUUGAAUGAAGUUAAUCUGAACACAAACCACGACGAGCAUGGUUCACUAGUGGGUGCUGUAACCCCUAUAAUGGCUGACUCCGAAACCGGCGGAACACUUUUGGUAGCCAUAAGUGACGCGGGUAACGAGGGCGGCAGCAAAGUGGAUCUCCAUUCCGAUCACGUUCAUCAGCAUGGACUGACGGAUGAUGGCAAUGAUGCCGAAAGCAGUGAUAAUUCUCAAGACGUAGACAAAAAAGACGAACCAGGCAAGAUAAACGUCGUACAACCAGUUCCUCUAGCGAGCUAUUCGAACUCGGCAACGCCCAACAGUGGUUAUACGGUGAAUUAUGGUGACAACGGAAGUAGCACACCGGUCACCGGGACUACGAUGUACGGCUCGGGUACACCGGGAAUUUCGACCACAUAUCAAACGGCGCCGGACGGAACUAUCUACGCUGUACCUUCUCCUCUCGUGUAUACAUAUCCAUCGACGAUAGAUCCAGAGAUGACUGGCUAUUUUGUUCCUGUGUACGAUCAGCAGCGCGAUCCGAAUCUCUGCACCACCACCGGUGCAUCACUAUACCCGGCAACGGCAGGGGCAACUUCUUCAGUAUUACCCAUCGCGUACACUCCGACGGCGGCCUACAGCGGUGCCCCUAUCUAUCAGAAUCACACAGCUGUGAUGUACUCCUCGGAGCAGUUUUCGGCUGCAACACCGGCAUCGGCUGCUGCUGCUGCCGCCGCCGCUGCUGCAGCCAGUGCCGGCCAUCUGCCGCAGUAUCCAAUUGGGUACCCAAUCGGCAUUGGCUAUCCAUUCAACAGUACGGCGUACCAAAACUACUGGAAUCAGCCGAUAACCUAUUACGUUCCUCAAGCGCCAGUACACUCAUCCGGCAGUACACCGCUUCUAAUGCCACCGUCGGUUUCGCAAACUCCCACAAACAAUGCCAUGCUGGCGGGUGGCCCAACUCCAAUUCCAUGCAAUACCGGCAAACGAAAUACAACUCCUCCCGGUCACGGUGGUCAUCAUCAAUCGCAAAACCAAAAUCAAAGCACAUCGGUAACGCCCGUUCCGAUAUCCCCAUUCGCGACCAAUAUUCCAGUGCCCCUUCCAGAUCCCUCGACUGGUCCCAUGUACGCUAUCCCCCAACCGAUUUACUCGAACAUGCUUCCGUUUGCUGGUCCCAUGACACCUCACCCGCACCAUCCGGCCUCCGGCGGAACGAUUGUGAACUCAAUACUACCCACUGCCACAGCAGCUGCCAGCACUGGCUAUCAUCCACAUUCGCAGUCCAAUCAUGGCAAUCCGGAGUCGUUACCAUCCAGUAACGGUUCAUCCAAUAACAUCUACUCUAGUACAGGCAAUAAUAACGCUCCCACUCCGCAGUCCACGCCAAGCACUCCGCUUUCGUUGCCUCUAUCCUUGCCACCCCACUCUAAAAAUCCACCUCUUUUUGCCACACCCCCUAUGCUUCCCAACGGCUAUGCCCCUCAAAUGACCUCCUCCGGUGCUGGUAGUGGUGGUGCUGGCCAUUACCACUACAACGUUAACAGCACCAGUGGCCAUAAUUACGACGAUCGCAAAGGCAGUGGCGGAUCGGGUGGCGGCGGCUACCAGGGAAAACGUUCAAAUCAGAGUGGCAGCAACUUUUUCAGCUACAACAACAGCAACAAUAGUCGCCAGAUGACACCCAACAGCGGUGGCGGUGGCUACCAGGGUGGCAGCUGUCCUCAGAGCCAAAACUCCGGAAGCAACGGUCCUAAGAAUUCGAGCUACGUAAACAACACAAACAAUACAGGGAACAAUCAGAAUUCUAACAAUAACGGAAACGGCCCGCAGAUGCUGGGGCAACCGCCAAAGGGACAACCUCGAUCCGAUGGCCAGACUAGCGUGACCAAGCCACCAUUGAUACCAACAUUACCAAAUAGUACCAAUAAUACUAGCAGUAAUACCAACCCUAGCGAUAAGACACGCAUCAACCGUUCAUGCAAGCCACCAAAUCUAGACUUAAAGCGAAACUUUAACAAUUUUAACGCAAACAGUAGAAACACGCCGAGCACAAACUCAACGGAAAGCAACAAUUCACCGAACAGUAUUACGUCGUCAUCGAUGCACGAGCAUCACCAGCAGCAGCACCCGGUGCAUCAUCAUCCGCAGCCAGCACAUCACCAGCAAGCACAUGCCGCUGGCUCAGCAGGUCAGCCACAUCAUCCAUAUUAUCCGCCCCAGCAUCAGCAACAGCAGCCACAGCAGCACCAUCACUACUACAGCCAACGUGGAGGCAGCGUCGGAAGCAACAACGGUGGAUCGAACGUGUCGGGAAACGGCUCCGGACCGGGUAACGGUAGUAAUCACGCACAUCAGACCGCUAAUGCUGCCGCGGCUACGGCGGCCGCCGCAGCCGCUGCCACUGCCCACACGGUACCGUCGAGUGCGCUGCAGUCCGCGGCGGCGGUUGCUGCGGCUGCAUGUGCAGCUGCCAUCGAGCCGUACCACUCGCAGCUGAUUCCACUGAAUGCUGCCGGGAUGUCGUACGUUAAAAUUGGACAGACAUACUUCACGCAUCCCUCCUUAGCACUGCCGCCGAAUCGUCGUUCGCCUCCGAACGAAAUACGUCCAAUUGCUGGUGUUUAUCCAGCUAUGAACAUGGUGAUGCCAGCGUCACGACAGUACACACCGCGACCUCAACAUAGCAGCAGCUUCCACAAGGGCGGUAGUAAGGCGCCGAGAUAAACGCUUCCUAGCCAAUGAUGAUGAUCAUAGCAGCAGAGGUUCUAGAUGUGUAGCAAAACCGCAAAAAGGAAAAUUGUACCCCGAAAGCCAGCAUAACGCGAUGGAUGAUUCAAACUAAAACGCACUGUUUAAAAACGCUAAUCGUUAGGUGAUUAGAAUCACACCCCACAUAAUCACACCUCCACACACACACACAUCAAACACUCACACACGCUGAUACAAGCUAAAUAUUCAAACAAAAGCUCUAAAUAAGACACGACGAAGUAGACAGAGACAGCUAGCUAGCGAGAAAGAGAGAGUGAGACCAGUUUCCCAUUCCUCGGAGAUGAUCGUUUUUAAGACCAGACACUUUGAUACGGUGCAUGCAGCCAAGCUAGUAUGACGCGGUUGAAGUGGGUGAACCUUGAAGACAAGUGUACCGAUCCGUGGAUUCUUACGAUGCGCGGUUAAAAAACCAUCGCCGAUCACCAACCAAGAAUCACCGGAUGGGAUACAAAUCUACGACAGGGGGAAAUUGAUCGCCCGUGAAAAUGCCAUUUAUUUUAUUAUCAAUUAAAAUUAAUAUAUACAGAUAUGAUGAUGAUUAUUAUUAUUACAUUAAUAACAGUGAAGCUAAACUAGAAAGUUAAGGGAAACAGUUAAUAACUGAUACAAAAAUUAAAUUAAAAAAAAAACAGAGUGAAAAAGCGAAAAGGUAAGACGCUCUACCAGUGAUUCAAUCAACGCUAUGCGAGUUAUUUAUAAAAUAAUUUCAAAUGCUGAAUAGUGGAAAACAAAAAUGAAUAAGAGAUCCUGAAACAGUGAUCAACAAACAAAAAAAAAACAGAAGAGAAAAACCAAUAUUCGAGGAUUGUGAAGAUCAGUGGCAAAAGUUUAGACAGAAGAGAAGACGACGCGACGAAAGGUUUUCUGAUAGGUGGAUGAGAAGGCUGAGGAAAAUAUCGAUACUGCCGCCCACUAUACUUUGUUUGAGAACGAAGCCAGAGUUCAAAACCGGUGAGCGUGCACCAGGAACAGAAAGCAUCCUAGUUUAUCUACAUUAUCUACACAUUGAAAAAGUCUAAAUGUGUGAGUACGAACAGAAUUCCCACAACAGUAAGCCCGUAAUAACAAUGAAGAGAAAUCUCCUAUCAAAGAGCGUCGCGUAAUUAUUAGUAGAGGAGCUCUCCGAUCAUGCCGUUUACAAAUUUAUAUAAAAUUUAUUUAUAUAGCAUCACAAGCAAAAGCGUAAUCCGUUAGUAAAGCAGUAGGGAACAUAACGAUUAUUUAUUCGUAAAAGCAAAUGAACUACGCAACAAAUGCGAACUAAGCAAACAACAUUAUACUAAACAAGAAAAACUAAAUAAAAUUGUUAAACAACUUGUAACGAUAUUUUCAAGAAUUUUAACAAAUAAGAUACUUGAAUCUCUUCCUUUCAAUCGGUGAUAUUGAAAAAAAAACAAACAAACAAGCGAAGCUAAAGAAGUAACGUAGUACUAGUCAAGAUCUGUGAGUGUAACUAACGGAUGGGAACCCCGAAGAAAAAAAAAAGAAAAACUAUUGCUAUUAUCAUUACAAUUUACUACAACUACUAUCACACCACUAAUUAUCAACAGCUAAAUGGACAAAUCUGUGACAGAAAAGAACAAAAAAAAAACAAAGCAUUAACUUACAGAAACCAAAAACACAAUAGGCACAUAUUCACACAGUAAAUCGCUCACCCUCGUCGCAGCAGAACGAAUAUCUGGUCCGGUCUGAUUAUUAUGGAAAAUCGAAUGUACUAUCAUGCCACCACCCGACAUCCGGACGAUUGUGAAGCGCCCCACUUAGCCCCACCCCCAGCCAGAAAGCCACGCAGCAAGUUGAGCAAAUGCUUGUUUAAUGCUGUCCCAGGAAUAAGCACGUUCCUUGUUCAAAUCAAAGGCACAACCUGAAAACUUAGGGUAUUUGUGACCAAGUUGGGUUCUUUGUCGAAGGCAGUAAGCAAACACAUGUGGCAAGUAGAAGUCCGCCGUUUGCAAUGACAAGGUGAGAGAAUUGACCAAAAAUGGGAUUCAAACCUCAAAUAUUUUAUCAAUUUCCAAUGAAUCAAAAACAAUUCCUGUUUGAACAGUUUCAAAAAAUGUUUUCUAAAUUUUGAUCAAAGCAACCUGGCACUAGAACAAGAUUACCAUUCAAGUAUAACCUCAUUCUUUUGAAAGUUCAAGAAGUGCUCGUGGUGUUGGAAUUCAGAAGAAUUGUCCACCGUUUUACCUCAAAAGUAGUGGUCGUUGUGUUUUAAGUUUUGCUAAAAAAAAGUGAUUACCAUAGGGAGUCCACUCUUGUAAGUCUUCAAAUCGAAAACACAGGAAAAUCAAAAAGUUUUCAUGAAGAGGCUCUUUGAAUUAAUUGUCUGAUGCCUUGCUCUGUGCUCGAAAAUCUUGAAAUAUUUUUUUUACACAAUUUGGUUCCGACCAAAACCACCCGACCGACCGAAUUAUUUGUAAUAAUCAUCUCAAGCAAAACUAGAAAACUUACAUUUGCUCACUUGCAAUGCAAUCCUGUUCCAACCAGUAUCAAUUCGCUAACAUCCAUAUUACUCAUCGACUAACCAAAAAAAAGCAACACAAACCAAAUUCUCCCCCCAAAAAAAAACGACACGUUCUAGAAAGUGCGAAAGUGGGCAUGACUUACGGAGACCGAAAGACGACGGACGGAACGAGCAGCAGUUCGCUCCGAUCGAUUGAAACCCGAAAACCGAGCAAGGCAAGGCCAUACAACACACAUGCGGAACGAACGAACGGAGCAUGCAUGCAUGAAUUAUUUGAAACUUUUUUGUUUGUUGUCUCUAUUUCAAGGUAAGUGAGAAAGAGUGAAGUGUGAAAGAGAAGUGGGAGAAAGAACGAGAGAGAGAGAGAGAGUAAAAGAGAAAAAUGGAAACAAAAAAAAACAAAUAUGAUAAGGACACGAGCAAACAAAGUUAAUGCGACAAAGCAGAAAAAAAACAGAAAAAGUUGAUUAAAUGUGUUAUUAUAUAUGAAAGAAUGUAUUUAUUUUAAUUUAUAUACACUGAUGGAGAAAAAGAGAUAACUA